GUCUGGUGGUCCAGGGCUCUAAUGGUGAGUACCCAUACUUGACAGAGGAGGAGAGAGUGGAGGUGGUAAGGAUGGUCCGACAAUCACUGCCAGRAGAAAAACUGUUGAUGGCUGGAUCAGGUUGUGAAUUAUGAAAUGAGGAUGAGUGGAGAUGGA